AAAAGCAGGAACUAGUCCCUUGACGAGACCGCUAGCGCUUGGAAAAAAUGGCAAACUAAAAAAAGACUGAAGCAAACAAACACCCUGCACCAGUGAAACGUCGACCGCGUACCCACAAACUUGACAGACCCCAUUUCUCGACAUUCAGCCUAGUAAAUCCCCGAGUGUUCAAACCUUCCCGUGUGCGUACCCCCCCGACAGUGUCACCUCCCCCAAAAAUCAGUGAAUCCCAUCAUCCCGUGAAUCAUCGAGAAUCCCCCCUCUCACCAAUCACAAAUCCCCAUCGCAUUGAUGGAUAGACCCACCACCUGACAUCAAAACUCAUUCUCACCAAUAAUCUCCGAUUCAUCACCAUAUUGCCCCAGUUCUUCCCCGUCACCAUGACCCCACAGUAACCCACCCCCCGUCCAAACACCUCACGAGGAUGAUGGAGCUGAGUCACAGUCUGACCCUGAACGAGGAGGCCCUGGACCAGAUUCCAGAGGCAAAGCGUCCAGUGUUCGUCUUCGAAUGGCUGCGUUUUCUGGACAAAGUCUUGGUGGCAGCCCAGAAAAACGACAUAAAAGGUUGCCAGCAGAAACUAGUGGAACAGUUGACUCGUCACAUGCAGGGAGCCCCAGGUCCCCCAACAAGAAGACUGAUAGCAAGAUGCCUGGCGACACUCUUCAGUGUGGGUGACACAUUUCUCCUCUUCGAUACAGUGAACAAGUGCAAUGAUAUUUUGAAAAAUAAGGACGACUCGCCAAGUUUUCUCCCAACAAAAUUGGCAGCCAUCUGCUGUGUUGGGGCGAUGUACGAAAAGCUAGGGAGAAUGAUGGGUAGAUCAUACGAGGAGACAGUCCAGAUAUUGAUAAAGUCCCUGCGUUCAGCUGAAUCCCAGUCCAGAAUUGAAAUAAUGCACACCCUGGAGAAGGUCUGUGCGGGAAUGGGUACAGCAAUAACAAAUGUCCACAAGGAGAUCUACAAAGUAUCCAAACAAUCGUUGACCGACAGGGUUAUGGCAGUGAGAUGUGCUGCUGCUAAGUGUCUUCUGGAGAUGUUAAAUCAUGCACCAUUUUUGUACACUACUGAAAUUGAGAGCAUGGCGACGUUGUGCUUCAGAGCAUUUGAGGGAUCCAACUACGAGGUAAGAUGUGCUGUAGCUAAAUUACUGGGAACACUGGUGGCAAUGACUCAGUUACCACCGCCGAAGGGAAAAAACAUGGGGGCGCAGAGUAAAUCCAUGAAACCAAUAUCCCUGGACGAGGUAUUGAAUAUCCUUAUGUCUGGCUUCCUGCGAGGUGGUGUGGGAUUUCUGAAAGGGACUGGGGAGAUAAUUAAGGGAAGCUCGGGUGUGAAUCGCGAGGUCAGGGUGGGUGUCACCCACGCUUACGUGGUAUUCGUGCAGAUCUUGGGGGGUGUUUGGCUGGAGAGAAACAUUGGGGCAAUAGUGGCCCAUGUCCUGGACCUUGUAGCCAAUCCCAAGGCUGCAAGCUCGCACGUGGACGCUGUUUACUCCCGAAAAUGCAUAAACUUCAUCCUUCGCGGGACUAUUGGAAAACUCCUGGGAGAGGGGGCACAGGCAGCUGCAUGCAAGGAGACAGCUCAUGUAAUCUUGAAGCAGAUGAACUCCAUUGACUUCAAUCCUGAAAACGCCAAGGAUUGUAACCAGGAGACCCUUUUCAGUCAGCAUCUGCUGGUGUGUGCACUACAGGAGAUGGGAAAUUUGGUUUUGGGCCUGGGGACAACUGCCUCCAAUCUCUUGGUGGAGCCAUCAUUGAAUCUGAUAGAUACGACUCUAGCUGUACUUGUACAUCCCUGUCAGGCAGCCAGGCUAGGCGCUGCCUGGUGCCUCAGGUGCAUCUGCGUGGCUGUACCCAGUCAGAUCACUCCCCUCAUUGAUCGUUGUGUUGACGGAAUCGAGAAUAUGCGGAGCUCUCCAGAGGCUAUUGCUGGAUACAGCGGUGCUCUAGCUGCUGUUCUGGGAAGUGUCAGACUCUCACCCCUCGGCGUACCCCACACCAAGGGAAAAAUCAUUUUUAAUACUGCUGAGGAGCUUCUCAGGAGCGCCAGUCAGAACAGCAGGCUUUCAUUGAACAGAACUCAUGCUGGAUGGCUUCUCAUCGGGGCCAUCAUGACCCUGGGGACAGCCGUAGUCAAGGGGCUAUUGCCCCGGAUGCUUCUCCUCUGGAGGAAUUCAUUCCCCAGGUCCUCCAAGGAACUUGAGAGCGAAAAGGCCCGGGGUGAUGCCUUCACCUGGCAGGUUACUCUCGAAGGCAGGGCUGGGGCUCUAUCAGCCAUGCACAGCUUCCUACUUCAUUGCCCUGAACUACUCAAUGACGAUAUCACCAGAAGAUUACUCACACCCAUCGAGUCUGCCCUGGCAAUGCUGACUAAUCUAUCUCCUGUUCUUAAGAAUUAUGGACAACAGCUGAAGGCACCCACUGCUAUGGUCAGGCUGAGACUGUAUGAGACACUUUUAUUACUUCCUCCACAGACCUUCGAGGGGUCUUAUACCCAUCUGCUGAGGAUGCUCGUUUCUGAGUUCACACUCACUGAGAAUCCCGGGAAUACAACCACUUCGCUGCUGAGGAUUGUGUGUCAUGCCAAUGACUCGGUUAUUUUGGGGACCUGGCUGCAGGAAACCGAACAUCGUACUAUUGAAGAUCAGAUGGAACCAUGUCGAAGAUCAGACGUCGAACACUUGCAACCGAAUAGCGCAGCAGGCUCAGGGGCCCUGGAGCACAACGCCUGCUGCCUCUACCGUCCGGUGCCCCCGGGGGAAAUAAUUCCAGGUCCCCUUCCCCUCGGUGUCGCCGUGAUCGAUCUCUCGGUCUCUCUCUUCGGCCAGAUAUUCCCCCGUGUCGCCAACAAACACCGUCUUCAGAUGCUAGAGCACUUCGGUGAAUGCAUCAAGCACGCCAAGUCUGGUCGCCAAGAGGCGAUUCAAAUGAACGUUUUCACAGCUGUUCUGAGUGGUUUGAAAGGCCUCAACGAGGCUAAAACCGGUUUCGGCCAGGAGGACGUUAAGAAGCUCGCAACUAACCUGAUAAUAAGCACCCUGGUGAGCGGCAACUCGAUCCUCCGCUGGGCAUCUGGUGAGGCUGUAGGUCGACUGGCUCAAGUAAUCUCAGACCCAAAAUUCACAGCAGAACUUGCUCAGACGAGUUUUGAUCGUCUGAAAUCGGCGCGCGAUGUGGCCAGCCGGACCGGUCAUUCUCUGGCUCUCGGGUGCCUCCACAGAUAUGUUGGAGGUAUGGGCUCGAGUCAACACCUGAACACAAGCGUCAGCAUAUUACUAGCCCUAGCGCAAGAUAAUUCGUCGCCAGUGGUUCAAGUCUGGGCAUUGCACGCCCUCGCCUUGAUCGCCGACUCUGGGGGCCCAAUGUUUCGGGGCUACGUCGAGCCCACCCUCUCCCUGAUUCUCACUCUUCUUUUGAACGUGCCACAUUCUUAUAUAGACGUUCACCAGUGCAUAGGGAAGGUCCUCUCCGCAUUGAUCACAACAAUUGGACCAGAGCUCCAGGGCAACACGUCCUCCAUCUGCAUGGCACGUUCAUCCUUCCUCUGCGCCUGUGCCAUAAUGCAGGAUCAUCAGGAUCCUCUGGUGCAGGCAGAGGCCACUGGUUGCCUCCAGCAGCUUCACCUCUUCGCACCCAGACACGUUAAUCUUUCUUCCCUGGUGCCAAAUCUCUGCAGGACACUCUCCAGUAAUCAUCUGCUGUUGAGAAAGGCCGCGAUAUCGUGCCUGAGACAACUGGCCCAACGAGAAGCCAAGGAGGUCUGCGAGCACGCUAUGAGUCUGGCUAAUGAAAGCAGGGACACCAACAUGGUGGAGGGACUCACCAUAACCGAGACUGGACUUCCUGGGGUACUCUUUAGCAUGCUUGAUACUGAAACCGAUAGUGGACUGAUCAAGGACAUUCACGACACACUGACAAGUAUGCUGCAGAUGCUAGCGGCUGACAAUUUGUCCCAAUGGCUGUCCCUUUGCAAAGAUGUUCUGACUGUCGCUUCCGAGUCCAGCACAGCUGACGAAGUUGCUGCAGUAGCGACAGAGGACCCUGCAGGGGACAACGAUUCUGCAGAUGCAGAGGGUGACGAUGAUCAAGCCGAGUUCCAUGCUGAUGAAUCCAAACAACGGCCCAGUGUCUCACCAAGAUGGCCGACAAGGGUAUUUGCUGCGCAAUGCAUAAGACGAAUCAUUGCGACGUGCAUGAACAACAAGCAAGGGCACUUUGAUCUGUCAGUGGCAAAGGAGUUGCAGCAAAUUAAAGGACGAGGGGAUUACCUCGUUCUUCAUCUGUCUGAUCUGGUGAGAAUGGCGUUCAUAGCAGCGACCAGUGACUGCGAUCCCCUUCGUCUCGAGGGUCUCCAGACACUCCAAGAUAUUAUUGACAAAUUUGCUAAAGUCCCAGAGCCGGAGUUUCCAGGACACCUGCUACUGGAACAAUUCCAGGCGCAGGUGGGUGCUGCAUUGAGGCCGGCUUUCUCGGCGGAUACUGCAUCACACGUUACAGCAGCUGCCUGCGAGGCCUGCAGCGCUUGGAUUGGCAGCGGCGUUGCACGAGAUCUGAACGAUCUUCGAAGAGUGCAUCAACUGCUGGUGUCUUCUUUGGAGAAACUGCGAGAGGGUAAUACUCGCCCCCAACUGUACAACGAGAGUCUCUCGACACUCGAACGACUGGCCAUUCUCAAGGCCUGGGCGGAGGUCUACGUGGUGGCUAUGAUCAACGAGGGAACGGCGCCAAGUAAUUUGGAGCUGAGCAGAAAUGCCAACUUAACCGAGUCCGACGAUCUCUUCGGGCAGUUUGAGUCGCAGAAUGAGAGUCUGUUGAGCCUGGUGCAGCCAGAGCUUCUGAGUCUGAGCCAGCACUGGCUAGCAGCCUUGAGGGAUCAUGCUCUGUUGUCACUGCCUCCUGAAUUCUCCAGUCAAUUACCCCACGACGGGGGUGCCUUCUACACGACUGAUACGAUGGAGUCAGCUAGACCCUAUUACACUAAAUCCUGGGCGCCAAUCCUCCAUGCAGCCACCCUCUGGCUCAACGCCAGGGGUUUCAACGUCGAUGAUACCACGGACGCCAAUCAAGCAUCGACCCCGAACAACAACAGAGGCAUCAUCAACAACAACUCCGACAAUACGAAAAUCGAUUUUAAUAUUGAACGCUUUCACCUAUUGUUCGGCAUCUGUAUGGAGGCUCUGUGCAGCCCAAGAUCAUCAGAGUCAACCCAGAAUAUCGAGACAUGUCUGAACGCUUUGUAUACAUUGCUGGACUCAUUUUGGACGAGGGAGGUAUUCACUCGAGAUUCAACUCUCUGUAUCGAGCUCUGCAACGUUCUCCACAGGCUGAUUCUGACAAGAGAGAGUUUUGUUGUCCAGAGGAUGUCGAUGGAGGUUCUCAAGCAGGUGAUGAAGGCCACUCAGGAGUGCCUUAUCGAGAAGAAGAGGAAGAAGCUGAAGGAGAUGAUGCCGGCUAAUCAGGAGAGCAAGGACACUGCUGAGCUAGAUCUGCUCGGUGAAGGAGGCGAUGGGGAGCUUGUACCAGGAGAAUCCCUCGUAUUCGCCAUUGUCGAGGUCUGCCUAUGUCUCCUGGUAAGGCAGAUCCCUGCUUUGAAUCCCAAUCCUGAUGGUGCCACUGCUAUUCUCUCCCAGAGAGGAUUUCUUUUGACUGAAGACAGUGGCAAACUCAUCGCCUCGGCCUUGAGUGUCAUGGAGUGCCUGCCAAGUCUCUGCGCACCUCAGGGCGCUGUCUCUAUUUUACCGACCCUUCUCUACCUCACCACCGGAGUCAUUCACGAAAUUGGAGUCAGGGCAGAUAAUCACAAUGCCAAAGCCACCACUGAUGUAUCCAUUCAUGCUGCUCUGCACUGUCUCAAGUGUCUCAUCACUGAUAAAUAUGCUAGGGACGAGAGGUGUCGUGAUCAGUACACGAGUCUUCUUCAAAGUGCGCUGGCCAAGAUCGUCGAUCUUGCCAAGACUGGAGACGAUGGGGGCAAGAUGGACGAGGUCACAAUGAUGCUGGGUAUCGGAGUGUUUGUUCUUCAUGCUGUUCCAGAGGUUGUCAGUGCUCCCAAUCUACUAUUUCCUUGCAUCAAUCACUUCAGGCAGGCCAUGCAGUCAAACAAUACUGUUGUCAAACUCAAGUGUGUGCAGACACUGAAGACUAUUUUUUUAUACCCUGAGAAGAGCAUUAGCACACCCUACAUUCAUGCUCUGGCACCCAGGAUUGUCGAGUAUCUGUACAGCGACAAGAGUCAGAUGGUCGAGGGGGAAGUCGAGCUGUCGUAUACUCUCGAGUGCAUUGGGACCAUCGAAGCUUUGAUCGCACUCGCAGAACCUGGCAAUCGAGAUUUGAUGCAAGGGAUACAAAUGCUGACUCUACUAGUUCCGAUAUUAAUAAAUUAUCUACUGGAUGAAAAUAAACUGCAACGAGGAACCAAGUAUCAGGUUACGCUUCAUCAACAGAGUUUCCAGUGGUUGAGUAAAAUAGGUCCAAAAUAUCCCCAGGAAUUCAAAACACUCAUGUCACAAUCAACGGAACUCAAGACUAAAUUAGAGAAUGCUGUACGGCUGAGCCAUCAACAGGCACAACGACACAACAAACAUCCGGAUACAUUGAAAACAAUUAAUAAAACUGCAACACCGUCGAUUAAAUUGAAGACAGACUUCUCGAAUUUUAAUUGAAAUUGGCCAGAUUGGUCAUUUAAUUAGUGAUAUUAGAGUUAAUUUAGAAGGUCAUCUGGUUUUUUCUAUGUCCUGUUUUUUCAUCGCAAUGGAGGGAACAAAUGUAUUUUGAAGGAAAAACGUUUGUACAGAUUAUUAGGAGUUACGUUAAGGACUGAAUCACAAAGUUUUUUCAUAUUUUUUGCUGAUUUACACACGAAAAAUAAUUAUUUAGGAGGAGAAAUGGAUUAUUAAAGGAAAUAUAUUAUUUAUGAUUUUGGUCAGUCGAGGGGUGACCAGUUGGCAAUAUUAAAAGACGCUCGAAAAAAUGUCGGAGAGAAUCCAAUGAAUUUACUGGCUGAGCAAUUAUAUUAGUUUUGGUCAAUUUGAUUGACAAAUACUGCCAAUUAUUUUUAACAGAAAAUAUUCUACAAGAAAUAUUGAUAAAUGUUCCUGUGGCUCUUAUUCUAUUCGAAUAUUAGUGAAAUUUAUUGACUUGACUUUCUAAUAGAAAGAAGUGGAGAAAUAAUUCACAAAAACUUAAAGAAUUAAUUCUAAGAUUUUAUGAAAAAAAAAUGUUCUUGGUCACUUCUAGUCAAAUCCCCCCCCCCAUUUUUUCCAUUGAAUAAUAUUCUAUGAACCAAUUUUGUUAAAAUUUGAUUUUUCUGGCGCUCUAAUUCUAUGGGAAUACUUUUUAAAGUUUAAAAUUGAAGUUUUAGUGCACAAAAAGACAGAAAUCAUUUUUUUUUAUUGGAAAAUUCUGUUCAAGAAUUCGCAUGAAAAAAUACCAUCGAUAUUAUUAUUUUAGAAAAUGGCAGUUAAAAAGGCGAGAUAUCUCAUCAGAUUGACCAAAAAAUUGUGCACGUUUCUAAUAAAUUCACUAGAUUAUUCUACGAAAUUAUUUCUUGUGUAAAUGACUACUGUUUUGUCGCAAUUGGGGCGAAUAUGCAAGAUGAGAGAAUGUAGAAUUAAUAAAUAUGUAAUAAUUUAGACUUCAUCGAUGUACAGAGUAGUUCAGAAUUAGUCGAGCAUUCGAAAUUCUAUUUUUUUAAUUUUCAAUAGCACAAAUGUAAAGGCGAACAUUGAAUGAUUUUAUUCCUCGAACCGUGGUAUGAAGAAGUGAAUAAAUCUUCCUAUUUUUAUUGA